AUGACAGCGUUUAAGAAGAAGAUUAGUAAUUACAUUGAUUCAAAACAAGAAAUCUCGGAAGGGUAUUUAGCCCUUCGACAACAAUUGGAAUUAGAAGAAGAAGAAGAAGAUAGAGAAUCAUUAAUCAAUGCUUUUGAUAUCUUAUUAAGAGUAGAUGAAUUAUUAUAUGAUUAUCAUGUUAAGAAAUCAUAUCUUGAAUUAUCUAAAUUAGAGUAUUUCAUUCAAGAUGAAACUUUCUUAAAAGAAUUAGAGAAUAUUCUGAAAUCUUUAGAAAGAAUGAUACCAUUACCAGAAUUAAUUGGAGCUGUCCCCAAGUUAGCAGUUUUUAGAAGAGAAUUAUUUGAAAAUGCUAGAGAAGCAGCUAAGAUUAUUCAUCAAUAUGAACAAAAUAAUCCAGGAGUACCCAAAUUCUUAACCAUUCAAGAUAUUAAAGAAUUAAAUCGAAAAGGACCCUGGUCUAAACCACCACAGGUAGGUAAAAAACCCCACCCAUCUACAAAGCGAAACCUCCCAAAAUCCGAACCGACAACAAAACGAACCCCAGCCCCACCCACACCUGAAAAUUCAAAACCCGUCACUGAAAAUAAUCGUAUUUCCAAACCAUCCCUUCUUCAAAAAGGAUAUCCCUCAAUUAUCCACAAAAAGCGCGGCUCCGUCUCACAACCAAAGAACAACAUAAUCAUCGACGAACCUGAAUUCCAAUUCACCAAACAUCCAACCCUCACCCCAUUCGAACAAGGAGGUUGGUCAAGACAUCAUGUCCGAAUCAUCUUCGAUGCAGCAAAUACCAGACAACACACCUCUACUCGAUGUGAUUAUAUCCGCGACCAAUUCCUCAAACAAUUGAAUGUGAAUAUAACUGUCAAAAUGGCGACAUAUUUAUUAGAACAUUAUGGAUUAAAAUAUACGAAACCUAGAGGAGAUUUUGAAAAGUAUCAACAAAGUUUUGAUGAUAUUUAUUUGGGUGUGAAGGAUAAGAGUCAUGCGAUUCGGGCUGAUUAUAUUGUGAGUCAAUUUAUGACGAAGUUGAAUGUGCAUGUGCCUAAAGCCGCCGCUGAAUGUGGUGCGAAAUUGAGGGAUUUGUUUAUGAAGGAAUAUGGGACUCCAACUGAACCGGCUGCAAAUGUGGAAGGGUUGAAACAUAAACCAAAUUAUCAAAUUUAA